AUGGAGCGGCACAGAGCGGCACGCCUUGCUACCCCCACGUGGGUAGAGGUCGGCACGUCGCAGCCUGCAGCCACGGCGGGGGAUGUCACCACCUCUUCACCACCACCGAAUGCGGCCUCUGUGCUUCCCAAGGAGGGCGCGACUGCGCCGUCGCCCUUUCCCUUCGAGAUGCGCAACGCCGCUACGACCUACGCCUCUUCGAUCAGCACCAACAUGAGCGCGUACAAGGAUCUACCGGGUCAUCACCUCCUCUCGAUCCGCAACCUCAUUGCGUCAUCACCCGACGACUCCUACUCCGACACUACCAACGACAUCAACUUCUUCAUGGACAACCUCGCGGCCCCGGAGUGGGACUACUCCGGAGGCACCUACGUGUGCCCCGGGAACUCAUGGGAUCUCCGAGGGUGUCGGCAGAAGCCCAACAAAUCCCUGCGCAACUACGUGCGACGCUUCUCCAGGCAAUGCACCGAGCUCCCUAGCGUCACCAACGUCGAGGUUGUCAACACCUUCCUUGAAGCGGCCAACUUCUGCAAGGAGGUGCUCACCUUCGAGGUAGUGGGGUUUUGGCCAGUAUACCAUGCCAUUCUUGGCCGUCCGUGCUUCACCAAGUUCAUGGCAAUCCCCAACUACACCUACCUCAAGAUGAAGAUGCUGGGCCCGAAGGGGGUCAUCACCGUCGGCUCCUCGUUCGAGCACGCCUACGAAUGCGAUGUCGAGUGA